AUGGCGUCACCAAACAGUUUAAAUUACUCGAGUGGCAUCGUGUCCAUUUGCUUGUAUUUCUGUUAUUGGUAUUUGUACCAUUUAGUCGCAUUUCCAAUUCUUGUGUGUAUUUCUAUGAAAUAUUUUGAUGAUGGAACAGAUGAAAAGUACUUCUGUGAUGGGCACAUUUAUAGUGGUAAUAUUGAAUUGGGUGUUAUAAUAAAUGGAUUUGAGUGCAUGUGUGGCGUAUUUCCAUCAAUUGUCUUUUCAACGUGUUUUACACUGAUAUACCAAAUCGCGUUUGGAGGAAGUGGAAUGUCUUAUAUUAUAGCUUUUGUGCCGGUUAUAGUGUUAGUUGGGUGUGUGUUGUUGUGCAGUGACUGCAAUUGUUGUUUUAUUACUAGUUACGAGAUGUGCCCAUUGCUGUGCCCUGAUUGGUGCGGAUGUGUGAAAACAAUAUGUUGCUGUACCUGUACUACUUGUGGAUAUUCAGAUCCAAUCCACACGACUAUGUACUAUGAUGUAAAUGCGUAUCAUCAUCAAAUUAUUGGAUACGAUCUUAUUUAA